UACAGAGAUAGUGUAUGUUCUAUGUUGUGAAGUUUGUGGCGGCUAUUAAAUUUAGUAUGUGUGACAAAUAUGUUUUUAUUGAAACUGUGAAGAGCAAGGGGACUCUGAGGACUAUUAAACAUGUCAUCUCAAAGCGAAAGUUUGAGGAUGAAGAUGUUAUUGUAGUUCGAGUUCUGCAUGCUGACACGCAGGACCAGGAGGAUAUUGCUCAUCUGGUUGUAGUAGAUGAGCAUCCAGAUGCCCAAGGCAAGGAAGGUCAUCCACUGAAUGUUUUUAUUCUGGGGGACUUUCCGCAAAAGGAUGUCCCAUUCCACGAAGAAGAAGUUGUUGCUCUCAGAGGAGGUUGCAUCUCUGAAAACGACAAAGGGACGCUUGAACUUGUGUUUACAAGUGAUAAACGGAACACCAUUUUACGGGAAGAUUUUGGGCGAUGUAAUAAAGAAGACAUAUUUUCAAAAACUGCUAAAUUCCCUACAAAAGGAAGAAGAUUGCCUAAUGAAAGCCUCAAGAUGAUUGAAAAAAUUAAAAAAUGGAUUGGAUGUGGCCUGGUUGCAGCAGUAUCCAAAGAACUAACUCUGAAUGAAGCUAGUUUGAAAAGUAUUUGUCGUUGCAAUUUGGUGUGCAAGGUGCUGGAUGUCAGAGAGAUAGUUCCUUGCCUGGGCAUUGUGAGUGUGGCUGACGGCUCUGUCUGCAGCUGCCCUUUUCUCACAAUAAACAAUGACAAGGAAGUGGAAUUUGUGUCUGUGGAUGAAUCUGAUUUGUCUGUAGAUAUAAUUGUAACACUGAAGACAGAGGCUCUGAAAAAUCUCAAGAAAGGAUCAUACGUAAGGCUGUUUGGUAUACAAGCAAAAAAAUUUUCACUUCCAUUAUCAGAAUAUAAGGACUGUAUAAUCCUCAAAAUUGAUGGAAGAAUCUUCAGUUUUGAAUCAGUAGUUGGCAGUGAAAAGGCAAAGAUCUCUAGCCUUCUCCGUAAGAGAAACCAACACAAUAAUACUGCAGAUGUUUCUCAUAACAUUGCAGAUGAUUCCGGAUCACAGUUGUCAGUACCCUCUUCCUCAAAUGAGUCAUUCACAAUCCUGACAUCAGGCCCUCAGCAGAAUGCAAAUUCCGGUGGUGGCAAAAUGGAUGAUGAUUCACAAAGUAUUCUGAGGCUCAGAGCACCUCCUGCCAAACUCAGAUGCUCAGGCACUCACUCUAAGUUUUUUGGGGAAACUCAACAGUCUUUCCAUGUCAAACAUAAACAGCAUCAAGUUUCUGGAAGAAAGAAGAGAGGAACAAGCAGAGAAGAGCAGGCAGAUGUAGACCCCAAUGAUGGUGACUCAGGAAGUGAAAACCAAAGAGACAGCAGUACAUUAGAUAGAGCACCUCCAUCAAAGAAGCACAAACCUGGGCAUCUCAGUGUGGGAGAAACCUGUUGUGACAUUUCUCCACCAAUAAACCAACAUGUGGGUGAAGGCUGUGCAGUGCUGCUGAGAGGCCAUUGUGCUAGGAAUUACAGCAUAACAGAGAGAACACAGUGUGAAAGUUCUGCAGUAACACAAAGUAAAGAACAAGUUAGGCCAGAAAUUAACGGUGGGAGUACUGUACAAGACCCGGACACAGAUGAAAAAAGUGCUGGUGAUGAACCACUAGUGGUAGAGACACAGAUUGGUUUGAGGAGGCUAAAAUACCUCCCCGGUAUUUAUCAUGUAAAUGUCUGGAUUAAGGAUGUUUUACCAACCCUCUCAGGUUGUCCACUGGACUUAAUAACAGCACGGUGUUACAUCUGUAGGAAAGAGCAGAGUUAUACAAGAAUUAGCAAACAACAACCUCAUUCUGAGCAGCAGAUAUGUCUACCCUGUUCUAGUCAAGGUAUGCCAAAAUUCUUGGAGCCGAAGUUUAAGUUUACCCUUGUCCUAUGGGAUGCCUGUGAACGGGAGAUUUCAGCUUCAGUCACAGGCGAAGAAGCUGAGAAAUUUCUGAAAUGUUCUGUCUACACAUACAUUCGAAAUGAACCAUUAAGGCAACAAGUGUGGAAUACAUUACAAAAGCUGAAAGAUCGAGGAUGCUUUCGCAAAUACAGACGGGCUCAAGACCUGAUAGAAGUGGAUAUCGGAGUUACAGUUGAGAGAGGAUUUAAAAAAUAUAUGUUAUUAGGUGGAGUGCUAAAUAAUCUUGAAGUCUCCCACAAACAGUAAGGGGAUUAUAACCUUAGAGAUCCUCAUCUGCCUCAGAAUUCAGUUUUAAAUAUUUCAUUGAAUCCUCAACUAAUAGAAAGGUAAAUGUGAUGGGAGUUGAUGGUCCCUGCUUCAUUAGAGUUUUCAAAGUUGUGGUGCAAGUGAUAUAUUUUUAGGCACUUCAUAUCUCCAAAAUUGCAUUCAUAUGUCUUUUAGUGGUAGGUGUUCCUAAUCACACAGUUGAAGUUCUUAAUAUCAAAUGUGUUGUCUCUUGAUAUUUCACUGUGUUAUAUUCAUUUGUUAUUUGUAAAAUAACAGCAAAUAUUUGUUAUAUUUGUACCUGAUUAUAGCUUUUAAAAUUGAACUGAGAAAGGUAAAUAAUUGUACCAUACAUCUCAGUACAGCUAUAUUCAUAAUUUGUACUGUUAUUUUUAUCUGGAGAGAGAAUUGUGAAGGUUUUAUAUUUUUUAUCAUCAUGACAGUUUUUCUCAUUACAUUAAUAUUUUAGCUUCACUUUUCAAUCACAGAUAUUGUACUGAUUUGAUUUAAUGCUUAAUGGCAGUACCAUUUCGUGUCUUUGUUGCAUAUCUUGUUCUGCCUAGUAGAAGAAAAACUGUGGAAGCUAUUAAGACAGGAAGUUUUAACAGUUGCUCUCCCUUUGUAUUUUAUGGAAACAUUUUUUAAAUUCUAUUUUUUGUGUAAUUUCUGUGAAAUAAACAACUUCACAUUAUGUAUAAUUGAUAUGAUGUCAGCUACAGCUUCCUAACACAAGUUUAUAAGCAUUAGUGUUGCUCUUUAGGCACAAUUUCUGAUUUUAUUUGAAAUUUUCUUUCUAUGCCCAUCUUUGCACUUCAUCCAGACUUUCUCAAGACAUUAAACACUAUAAAAUUACUUUUAUAUUAUGUGUGAGGGGCGUUCAAUAAGUAAUGCAAUACAUUUUUUUUCUGAAAGCAAGUUGGUUUUAUUCAGGAUUCCAAUACACCAUAUUAUUCCCCACUCUUUUGGCUAGAAAGGCCUACUUUUCAACAUAAUCUCUGUUCAAUGAGACGAUGUUAAGCCACCUUACUGGGAGGACCUGUAUGCCCGAAUGGUACGACUCUACUGGUCGACUUCCGAGCCGAUGUCUCGCUGCACCCUCCCCAUCAUUUCUGUACUGCAUCCUGUGGAGUGCAUCCUUCAUAUGAAGUCUGUGAAGUUGGGAGAUCCAGGCUGUAGAGUGGAUGAGGAAGAACAGUCCAAUGACGUUUUGUGAACUCCUCUCAGGUAUGCAGACUUGUGUGAGGCUUUGCAGUGUCAUGGCGGAGGACAAGUUCUUUUGCAUUUUUGUGGAGAUGGAAACUCUGAAGUCACUUCUUCAAUUUCCUGAGGGUAGCACAAUACACUUUUAGAGUCGAUUGUUGCACCAUGAGGAGUGGCAUCUAACAGAAUAACUUAGAAGACCACUACCUUGACUGUACUGACUGGGUGCGGCUUUGAACUUUUGCUUCGGAGGAGAUAGAUUGUUAUUUCAUUGUGUUUCCAGUUCAUAAUGAUGAACCCAUGUUUUGUCACCUGUGACAAUGUUUGACAAAAGAUUGUCACAGUCAACCUCGUAACGGAUGGUCCUUCGUUCCUCUUAUUGUCCCUCUGUUAGGCAGUGAGGGACCGAGCAGGCACACACCUUUGAUUACCCCAACUGGUGGACGAGUCGGUCAGCACUAACAAAAGAGAUGUACAGUUCUGUGACGAGGUGUUUGACUGUGAUUUGUCGAUCACAGUCAGAUGAGUGCGUUCACAUGGGCCGACACUGCAGGAGGUACAGCUGUGUAUGCCUGGCCGUCACCCAGGAGGUCAGACAGGUUUGCAUGACCUUGUUCCUAUGAUGACAGAUGCCUCACCCAACAACUCACAAUGCCUUUGUUCACUGAAACUAAAUGACAGCUUUCUGCUUGGAACGCACCUUCAUUACAGAUGCCAUUUUGAAGGCUAUGUACAGCACUGCCACCUAUCAGAACUUCAUGAAACUAUAGGUGCUGAAGCAGGAAUAUUCCGUGAUUUCCCACAACAAAGUUUGCUCAUUUUAAACGAAAAUUGGCUUUGAAAAUAAAUGUGUUGCGUUACUUAUUGAGUGCCUCUCACAUGUAAUCUGGAAUAGGCAUCAUGCCUAAUCCCUGAAAGUGAAGAUGAUGAUGGUGUAUGUAAUCUGUAAUUUCUGUUUAAAAUUUGUAUUUUCACUUUUAGGUAGACAAUUUGAAUUGCUCAUUAAGUGCCUUGUAAAACCAAACUUGUUUCUUGGUAUUUCAGACAAGUAGUAGCACUGAAGUUGUAAGUUUAUUGAACUGAUAAUUGUGUCCCUCUGUAUCUUCCUUAUUAAAAUUCAUUUGU